CCAGACGAGCUGCUGCGGGCUUCAACUCUCUUUGCUCCAGCAGACUCUCCGGUAGCAUGCUCUGUACGAUGGCCCAAUGUCAGGAAGUGGUAUUCAACAAGCCAAAGGUUGAGCUUCAUGUGCACCUCGAUGGAGCCAUCCGGGUGCAGACCAUUCUCGAUGUUGCCAAGAGACGCGGCAUCCAUCUGCCAGCGAACACCAAGGAGGAGAUGACGCAGAUUAUUAUCCUUGAAGAGCCGGCCACCCUCACGGAGUUCCUGGGGAAGUUCGCAACGUACAUGCACGUGGUUGCUGGCGACAGAGAGGCCAUAAAGAGGAUAGCCUAUGAGUUUGUUGAAGACAAAGCCAAGGAGGGGGUGAUUUAUGUGGAGGUCAGAUACAGCCCACAUUUUCUGGCUAACACAAAAGUGGAUCCCAUACCAUGGGACCAGGAAGAAGGGGACCUGAGCCCGGACGAGGUGGUGCGCCUGGUAAACGAGGGCCUCAGUGACGGGGAGCUGGCCUUCAAUAUCAAAGCCAGGUCCAUUCUAUGCUGCAUGCGCCACAUGCCAAGUAAUGAACUGUUGCCUGUCUGCCCAAACAUCUUUGUGAGAUAAGGCUCCUAAUGUACUGUAUUCUGCGCUGUCUCUAAGCUGUUGUUAUUAGAUAAUGAGUAAGAGCAACACAGAAAGACAGAAAAAGCAAUAUGCUCAAAAUGACAAUGCUAACAUGUGGAUUUGAAGCUGGUUUAAUUUACAUGUUUACUAACUAAGUUUAGCGUGUUAGCAUUCUAGCACUUGCUAAUUAGCGUUAAG